AUGAGCAAUCUAGAGAAGACACUGUUCCAGCUCAAAUUCACAGCGAAGACUCUCAGUCGACAAGCCAAAAAGGCGCAGAAGGACGAGAACGUCGAGAAAAGUCGCCUCAAGAAAGCGCUCCAGCAAGGCAAUAACGACGGUGCUCGCAUUUACGCUGCAAAUGCUAUUCGCAAGAAGACCGAAGCACUCAAUCUGCUCAGGCUAUCUAGUCGCGUGGAUGCUGUUGCCAGUCGGGUAGAAACUGCGGUCACCAUACGCCAAGUUACGGGCAAUAUGACCUCGGUCGUGAAAGGCAUGGAUAAGGCUAUGGAGAGCAUGAACCUCGAGCGUAUCUCGUUGGUGAUGGACAAAUUCGAGUCGCAAUUCUCCGAUCUCGACGUACAAACUUCUUACAUGGAAGAGACUAUGUCUAAUACCACCGCUGUCUCUACACCACAAGACGAGGUUGAGGCGUUGAUGAAACGGACUGCAGAAGAAGCCAAUAUCGAGCUCCAACACGAUCUUGCUAGCAAAGAUCUCGCCAUGGUGCCCGAUCUCAAAGAGAAGGAACCGGUUCGGGAAGAGGAUGACUUAUUGGCUGCCAGGCUUAGAGCGCUACGGCCUGCCACAUAA